UUCUUGUUCUGCUUUGUAGUCGAGCCGUCGUUGCAGUCUUUGGUUUUCUGUCGUUUCGGACACACCUCAGCCGACACAACAAUGUCUGACUUCUCGGAAGAUCAAAUCCUCGAGUAUAAGGAGGCAUUCCUGCUGUUCGACAGAACAGGAGAUGGAAAGAUCAGCUUCAGUCAGUGUGGGGACGUGAUGCGGGCCCUUGGACAGAACCCUGUUAAUGCUGAGGUGCUAAAAGUCCUGGGCAAUCCCAAAGCUGAGGAGAUGAACACCAAGAUGCUCGACUUUGAGCAGUUCCUGCCCAUGUUUCAGGCCAUCGCAAAGAACAAAGAUCAAGGCUCCAUGGAGGACUUUGUGGAGGGACUUCGUGUUUUUGACAAGGAGGGUAACGGAACAGUAAUGGGAGCAGAACUACGUCACGUCCUCACCACGUUAGGUGAGAAAAUGACAGAGGAAGAGGUGGAGACUCUCUUGGCUGGACACGAAGAUGCAAAUGGCUGCAUUAAUUAUGAAGCAUUUGUUCGCCACAUCAUGUCAGGCUGAGGGCUGAACUCGUCAGAAUGGUUAUGAGCGGAUGAGGAUGAAGACCAUCAUAUUGUUUCYCCCACUUUUGUCAUGUUCAUUUUGGCAUUUAGUUUUUCAGGCCUCCACAAUUUUUUCCAAGAAUUUGUUAGACAGUUUUAAUUUAAGAAGUGCCUUUACAUUCCUUAGAAAAUAUUAUAGAUGACCCUUUUUCAGCUCUAUACACAUGUAUGAGAAACUUGUAUCGCAAUAUGUCAUAAAGCAACAUUUAUUACAACAUAAAUUAAAGUGCUGUAACUGUUGAUGCCAGUUUGUCAACGUUGAAAAGAAAAUAAAUAUUAAAUUACACUGAA